ACACUGGCUGCAAAAUGAGAGGAGUGAGGACUGGAGGCGAGCGGAGGUAAGGGGAGGGGUACUGUAGUCGCUCCAUGACAUGAAUGAACCAUGUUCGGUAACGGAGGCUUAGCUCUCCCGGUUUGCUCCUUUCUCCUACUACACCUCCCGGUUCUCCCGCUCACCAGCAACUGGCCCGUUAAGGACAGAAGUGAAGGGAGGGUGGAGCAACGUAACACCCAUCUGCAGUCACACAGCUCUGGAAGUCAGCAUGUCAAAAAGACGGGCAACAAGGAGGAGGUGUUUCAGUGGUGGGGAGAGUGGUCCAGUUGGUCCUCCUGUUCUAGGAGCUGUGGAGGAGGAGUGAGGAGUCAGGAUAGACACUGUCUCAUACAGAGGCUGUCCACCACCCAGAACAUAAACAGUUCAUACUGUGUCGGGUCUCCUAAACAGUACCAACUCUGUCCACACCAGCCCUGUCCCAGCCCCAGUGUAAGCUUCAAACAGCACCAGUGUUCCCAAUUCAAUUCUAAAGCCUUUGGAAGAAGAUGCUACCAGUGGAUCCCUCUCUACCCGGCUGACUACAUCAGCAUCUCCAAUAAGCCAUGUGACCUGCAGUGUACCACCAUGAGUGGUGAGCGACAGCUGCUAGUUCCUGCACAUGAUGGUACAUUCUGCCGCGAUACCAAAUACCACGGAGUCUGUAUAGAGGGGAAAUGUCAGUGCAGCCAUCUGCAAUGA